AGUGUCUCCUCAAUCUCUUAAAGUGUCUCUUAAGGUGUCUCCUUAUGUCUCGCAGCACCUUAAAGAGGCCCUGAAGAGAAAACAUGUUGCAGAGAUGAAGCUGCGUGCCCAUGUGGCGUCUCUCUCCGCAGUAAACGAACAGCUGCAGGCAGAGGCCUCAACACUAAUGGACUUUCAUAGACUCGCUGAGGCGCAUGGGCCCGAAGCAGCAGAAAAGCUGCUUCUGCAACAGCUGAGGCAGCAAACAGAAAGACAAAACACCGAACUCAAAGACAUGCAGCGGCUACUGACAAAUAGAGAGGCUCAAGUGUCUUCGCUGAAGUGCGAGGUGGCGCUGUGCCGGAAGGCCCUGGGCUUCCUAAACGCCCUUCUGCAGGCGCAGGGGCCCCCUGACGUGGGGGCCCCUCAGCUGGGGCCCCCGCAUCAGGAGCCCCUUCAGCUGGGGCCCCCUCAGCAGGGGCCCCUUCAGCUAGGGCCCCCCGAACCCAUGUGUCUCCCCCCUGUAAAAGAAGAUCGCACAACGCAGACGGAGGCCCCGCAGAGUCCCCCGAAGCCCUUGAGCUCAGCAGCAAAGCGGUGCGUCUGCUCAACCCCACCGUCUGCUGCAGGUCGACGCAGCAGCAGCGAGGGCCCCGCGCUGCCUGAGGAAGAGAGGGAUGUGUCUCUUGAAGGCCGUCGCCAGUCUUCUAAGUCCCCUUCAAAGACAGAAGGCCCUUCUCGAGAGGCUAGGAAGACAGUGGAGGUUGCGGCUGUGCAAGAGGAGACACCUCAGCUGCUGCCAGCGGAAUCCCCAGCAGCAAACUCAGAAAGAGACACUCAUCAAGCCCCUAUGCCUCGAGGUGUAGGGCCUGUUAUGAGAUUUACUGUGGGGCCCUCGACGGGGUAUGAACACAAGAGAGACGACGCCGUUGACAGCGCAGUCGCUGCCCUCAGCAACGCAAGGCUAAACAAAGUGCUCUUUACUCGCAUUUGCAGAGGCGUUUAUCUGUACGGACACCUCGCAGUGGCUCUACGCCUCAGCCCUUCAGGAGAACUACGUGUCUCCUUUGAGGGCAGAGACUAUACAGCAAAAGACUUCAUACACAGCUUCGAAGAGGAGGAGUUCCGCUACCUGAAGAAGAAGCAAAAGGAGUCGGGGCGCGCGGUGUCUCUUGAGGUCUGUCCCCACAGCAACAGCAGCCCGUGUCAGCAGGAGGUGAGGAGACAGACGAAGCAGCAGAACUGUCUCCUCUCUACAAAGGGGAAAGGUGUCUCCUCUGCCCUUGACGGUAAAAAGGGGCCUCACUCUAAGCGCCGCACCACCAUAGCGGCGUUGCCUGUAAACGCAGCAGGCCCUAAAGGUCUACUCCCCAGCUGCAGCAACAGCAACAGCAGCAGCAGCAGCAGCCGGCGCCCUGCCUCCAGGGCUCCUUCAUGCCGUCUCCUCCCCUGCAAUGUUAAUUCUUCUCUCUCUAACCAGAACGGUGGGGCUGUGGGGGCCCCCCGGGGGCCCCCUGCGCAUGGUUUGGUGGCUUUGGGGUACAGCAAGAGGUCCACUGGUCAGCAGUGCAGCAGCACGAAGGCCUCCAAGGCAACCUCAGCAGCAGCAGCAAAACCAGCAGCAGCCCCAGCAGCGGCCUGUCUUGUGCCUUCUGCUGCUGCUGCUGCUGCUGCUGCAGCUGCUGCUGUCUCUGGAGCCCUUCGUGGCUCAGGUCAGAGACAGCGAACGAGGGCAGCCAGCGUAAUGCCUUCGCAGCCAACCAGCAGCAAGAGGGCCCCCCAGAAAGUUGGAGGGGCCCCUGGGGCCCCUGGGGGCCCUGGGGCCCCCGAGAAGGUGGUAACAGGCCGCUCGAAGCUUAGGCCUGGGUUCCGUCUUAGCUCGUCUCUGUAUAGCCCUCUUUAA